UUUAACGGGAACCACGGACACGCUCAGGCGCACGUACAGACGCACACACACUCUCUAUCUCUCUCGCCACUCUCACUCCGCAACUCCGCCAAGACGUCGAAGAUGAGCGGCAGAAGCGAAGGUGGGGGUGCGUCUUACAAGAAGAAACUCUUCUUCCGCUUCUUCAUCGCUCUGAUCGCCCUCUUGGGGCUCUUCAGCAUCUACUAUGGCUCCCUCCUCCCUCCGCGACCACUCAGCAGAGCCGAGUUCGAUGCUGCUGAGCGCACCGACAUAGUCGUCGGUAAAUUCUCUCUGUCGGCCGGCGACGCGGAUGACGGUUUAUACGAACUCAAAAGCAUCCCUGUUUGUGAUGCUAGGCUGUCGGAGUUGAUCCCAUGCUCGGAUAGACAUCUGAUAUAUCAGAUGAAAUGGAAGUUCAAUUUGAACUUGAUGGAGCACUAUGAGCGGCAUUGCCCACCCGAAGAACGGCGAUAUAAUUGUCUAAUCCCUCCUCCCCGUGGUUACAAGGUACCCAUCAAAUGGCCUGCAAGCAGAGACGAAGUGUGGAAGGUGAACAUACCUCACACUCACCUUGCCUCCGAGAAAUCUGACCAGAACUGGAUGGUGGUUAGAGGGGACAAGAUAAAUUUUCCUGGUGGAGGAACCCAUUUUCAUCAUGGAGCGGAUAAAUACAUUGCUGAUUUGGCUAAGAUGCUCAAGUUCCCUAAUGAUAACCUCAACAACGGGGGGCACAUUCGGAACGUCAUUGAUGUCGGUUGUGGUGUGGCAAGUUUUGGGGCGUACCUUCUUCCUCUUGAUAUUAUAGCAAUGUCAAUUGCACCUAACGAUGGUCAUGAGAAUCAGAUCCAGUUCGCCCUGGAAAGGGGAAUUCCGGCUACAGUUGGUGUUUUGGGGACUAUGAGGCUUCCUUAUCCUAGCAGAUCGUUUGAGUUGGCCCAUUGUUCACGUUGUAGGAUUGAUUGGCUUCAGAGAGAUGGCGUUUUGUUGCUGGAAUUGGAUAGGGUACUGAGGCCAGGAGGUUAUUUUGCCUACUCUUCUCCGGAAGCCUAUUCAAAAGAUGAGGAGAACCUUAGGAUAUGGAAUUCUAUGAGUGAUCUUUUGAGAAGAAUGUGCUGGAGGGUUGCAUCGAAGAGAAAUCAAACUGUCAUCUGGGUUAAGGCGACAAGUAAUAGCUGUUACAAUAGACGAGCUCCUGGAACUUUGCCCCCACUGUGUGGCUCAGAUGUGGAUCCAGAUGCAUCUUGGCACGUGCCAAUGAAGGCUUGUAUUACACCAUAUUCAAAGAAGAUGCAUCAGGAAAAGGGUAGUGGCUUGGUUCCAUGGCCUCAAAGGCUUUCAACACCCCCACCUCGUUUACAAGAGCUACAUAUUAGUAGUGAAGCGUUUUUCGAAGACAUGGAAGUAUGGCGUCGGAGGGUCAUUCAGUACUGGCAGGAGAUGAAACAUGAAAUAGAGACAAACACUUUAAGAAAUAUCAUGGACAUGAAUGCAAAACUUGGUGGCUUUGCAGCUGCCCUUAAAGAUAAAGAUGUCUGGGUGAUGAACGUGGUUCCUGUGAACCAGUCUGACACAUUGAAGAUCAUUUAUGACAGAGGACUUAUUGGAACCAUGCACGAUUGGUGUGAAUCAUUUUCAACGUAUCCUCGAACUUACGAUCUCCUUCAUGCUUGGGAUGUAUUCUCCGGCAUUGAGAAUCGGGGAUGCAGUAUCAUGGAUCUUCUUAUUGAGAUGGAUAGGAUUCUGCGGCCUUCUGGUUUUGUCAUCAUACGGGACAAAACAUCUCUUCUAGAUCAGAUAAGGAAGUUCCUAACAGCCUUGCAUUGGGAUGGUUGGUCGGUAGUAGUUGAACCUGGUACAGAUGCUAUAUCCCAAGAAGAAGAGAGGUUAUUGAUUGCUCGAAAGAAAAUGUUGGAAGCACAUUAAUCUACUGUUGCAUGGCUUUUAAAGUGGCUCAUGGUAUUCUGCUGUUUCCUUCUGUUGAAUGGGGUGGAGAAUGAGGCUGCCGUCGUUCUUCACUUUCUGGCACCAAGAUUCGUGGUGAACCAUAGCUCGGGUUUUCAGAUUUUAGAGGUUAUUUUGAUAUCUAAGAACCUUUUGAGUUGCCUGACUGAUCAAGUAGAGCUCUGAUUACAGACAUUGCCUUUUUGAAGUUUUGUCUAACCUGAGGAGCCAAGAAGUACCUUACUCAGCCCGUUGUACUAACAUGUCACAUGCUUAUGGAAGUGAAAAAAUGCAUUUUUAAUUUAUUCUGCACGUGUAAAUCCAUGUGUGGCUCUUGAACUGAGAUGUUCUAGCUUUUCCCUUUUCCCUUUUUUUUUUUUCUCUAUUCUGAAUUUUACCCUUAACCUUUCACCUUGAGAUCUCAAAAGCAGAAGAACGCAUUUGUUGGAAACUGUAAUAAUAUUUAUGGUUGAUAGUGGAUA